AUGUCAGAAGUCAAAGUUUGUAAGAAACGCAGUGUUUUCUAUCAACGGCUUUAUGAAGAUCUGUGCGCACUUCUGAAGGGUACUCUUCCUGUUGGUUUCGUCACUUCCAAUCCUAAUAACACACUUAUUAGCAAAGUUCUUAACAAGGGUGACGUGUUCGUCUUCCCCAUUGGUCUCGUUCACUUUCAAUUCAAUAUCAGAAAAACAAAUGCUUUUGCCUUUGCUGGUUUGAGCAGCCAAAACCCCGGUGUCAUUACUAUUGCCAACGCUGUAUUUGGGUCAAAUCCUCCAAUUAAUCCAGAUUUUCUUGCCAAGGCUUUCAUGUUGGACGUAAAAGUGGUGAAAGAUCUCCAGGCAAAAUUCUAG